AUGCCAUCUCCGGAGCAUCCAAGCUGGUUGUCGACGCUUUUGGCUGAUACAAGACCACCUCCGAAACUCUUUGCGUGGUCUCCCGCAAACCUUGAUUCUCCAACUGCAGUAAAGCCUGACAGAGCCGACAGAGGUGACUUUGAUCCCGGAAAAUAUCCUGUCGACGCUCCCAUCACUACAGCAUCGGAGCCCGUCAAGCGCAUCUACAUUGUCGGACCUGGUAAUGUUGGUAGGCUGUAUGCGAGCUACAUGUCUAGACAACGCGAUGCUCUACCCAUCACAUUGGUUGUGCAUCGUAAAGAGCUCUUGUCACAAUGGGUCACAAGCGAGGGAGUGGUUCUGGUGGAUCGAGGCGGCAAGGUUACCAAGAAUAAGCAGUUCGACGUCGAAUGGUGGACGGAGAGCAGGCCCCGGUAUGGACCGGUGAGGGAAGUGGCUGAUGGAGAGAAGCUACACAACGUCUUCAUUUCAACCAAAGCCGAUGCUGGGCUGGGUGAAGUAGACCGGCUACGUCGAUACUUGGGACGAUGCAGCUCUGUUGUUUUUGCACAGAAUGGCGUGAGCAAGCUGUGGGCUCCAUACGGUCCUCUCUACGUGGCUAGCCGAUACCACGCCGACGAUGCGCCCAGCUUCUCCGCGUGUGUAGUGAACCACGGGAUAUCAGCGGCAGGACUCUUUUAUAGCAUUCAUACAUCUCCGAGCGACGCGUUCAUCGGGCCCAUCUUCAAGGGUUCGGCGGCGCCGGCACAUGGGCAAAACAAGCGGCGGCGUCUGGACGACGACUUCUUCACGACGUACAUUAGCAGCACGCCCUUUCUCGAUACAAAGCACGUCUCUUCGGGCCAGCUAUGGAUCAUUCAGCUGGAAAAGCUCGUCUUGAAUGCAGCAAUCAACCCGCUGACGACGCUGCUUCGGUGCAAUACCGGACAGCUGUUUGCAAGCUACGACUCGCACGACGCCCUGACGCGCGUGCUCGACCAGCUCCUGUGGCAAGCGAGCGCCGUGAUCCAGGCGCUCAUCAACCACGAUGCGAAUAUCGACAUGUUGACGUCGUACGCCGAGACGGUGCACAGGCUCGUGCCAGGUAGCGACGACUACGGCAGAAACUUUGCCAAUAUUCGCAGGAAGCUGACAGUCCGGUUCUCGCAGCCCAUCUUGAAGGCAAAACUGUAUGCAUUCGGUCUAAAGAUACGUGAGCAUCGGAGCUCCAUGCUUCAGGACGCAGAAGCAGGGAGGAAAACAGAGAUACGAGACGUGAAUGGGUGGAUUGUGGACAUGGCAGAGUACUUGGGUCUGGAUCUGGAUGUAGGCAUUCAUCGAGGGUUGAUUGAGUUGAUUGAAGAAUUGGUCCCUGGUGACAAGAAAAUCGGCACUGCCAAGGCAAGGGCAGAGCUACGAGUACCCUUUACGCUCAGCACAUCCUCGACAACGGGCAUUGAAGAGCUCGUCGAAGCCUACCCCGAGAGCGACAAGUGGUUUCAGCUAUACUGA